AUGGCAACAGCAGCACCGCAACCGAACGGAACAGCUGCACCAUCUGCGCCUGCAGCACCUGCACCCGUUCCUACUGCGUCUGCGGCAAGCCAGCCUGGCCCUGCCUCCGGGCCUGCUUCAGCCGCUGCUCCUCGACCGCGCGAUGCUCGACUCAUUGAGCUACUUCUCACGUCUCAGGGAGUCACGGCAUACGAACAACGAGUCCCGUUACUACUCCUCGACUUUGCUUAUCGACAUACAUCGGCGAUUCUCAAUGACGCCAUUCACCUCGCGGCCGACCCGUACGUCACACAUGCAGGCUCAAAGCCAUCGGCCUCGUCAGGCGCCGUUGCAGCUGCAGCAGGAGAUGCCGCUGUUAGCGCAAAUGCGGUGAGACUAGCCAUUGCCGCGAGAUUAGGAUUCCAGUUCCGCGGUGGCAGUAGCGGCGGUGGUAUUAGCAAGGAGUAUAUGCAGGAGCUUGCUCGGGAUCGCAAUAAGGUCGCCUUACCCAAGAUUACGCCAAACGAAUGGGGAGUCCGUCUCCCAAGCGAACGCUUCGUGCUCAGUGGAACUAGCUGGGGCUUGCAAGAUCUAUGGAAUGAAAUGGGAGAGCAUGAGGCUGUGGGCACCAAUGGGGAUGCAAUGGAAGGCAUUGAAGGCCCAGUCCCAGUUGAAGAAGGUGGCGAUGGUGUUGAGGGCGGUACAGUAGACGAUGUUUUUGGAGAUGACAUUGAUGAGGAAAUGGCGGAAGAAUAA